UUUUGUUUAGCUGAGUUAGUUCAGAAGAAAUAGGAGCAUUUGAAAAUGGUCUCCUUUGAGUACUGAUUUCUCGUCAGCAUAAGACUUGAGUCCGUCCACAAUGGAGCUAAGAAAUGAGAAGCUAGUUAGGUUUUACGAUGAUGGUAAACAGAAACCAGAGCCUUCUUCGGAAAAGCCACUGCCAGUAUACAGGGUGCAUGCAGUCAUAAACUCUGAAGGCAAAAUUGUGAGUGGUGAUAAGAACAAAAUCAACCUGAAAAUUCCUUCUCUCGGAAAGUUUAGGGUAUUCCCAGAAAACCACGAACCAUGGAAGAAGAGAAUCCUUGAUCCUGGAAGUGACAUAUAUUUGCAGUGGAACCGGCUUUUCCUUUGUUCUUGCAUUCUGGCUCUAUUUGUUGACCCAUUGUUUUUCUACUUGCCCUCGGUGGCAAAUGAUGAAAAGUCAGCGUGUAUGGCUACUGAUUUGAAUAUUGGAAUUGUAGUGACAUGUUUCCGAACAUUGGCUGAUAUUUUCUAUCUGCUGAACAUGUUCAUAAAGUUCAGAACAGCUUAUGUAUCACCGAGUUCAAGGAUUUUUGGAAGGGGUGAGUUAGUCAUGGAUCCAAGGUUAAUUACAACACGGUAUUUAAGGUCAAAAUUCUUCAUAGAUCUUGUAGCUACACUGCCUCUUCCUCAGAUCAUGAUCUGGUUUAUUAUGCCUGCAAUUAGAAGCUCUCAUGCUGAUCACACCAACAAUGCUCUUGUACUGAUUGUUCUUCUUCAAUACGUUCCCAGAUUAUAUCUGAUUUUCCCCUUAAGUUCUCAGAUUAUCAAAGCCACUGGUGUAGUCACAAAGACAGCUUGGGCUGGAGCUGCUUAUAAUCUUUUACUUUACAUGUUGGCUAGCCAUGUGUUGGGGGCAUCAUGGUACUUGUUGUCAAUUGAAAGGAAUGCCACGUGUUGGAAAUCACAAUGCAAGAAUGAAACUUUCCCCAUGAAAUGUGUUCUUCAAUACUUGGAUUGCAGCACUUUAAACGAUGAUGAUCGCAUGAAGUGGGUAAACAAUACUUCCGUGUUUGAUAACUGCAAUCCGAAUAAUGACAUCAGUUUCAAGUAUGGCAUUUUUGGACCUGCAGUUGAAAACAAUGUCGUUUCCUCACAGUUUGUAGAGAAGUAUCUCUAUUGUCUAUGGUGGGGCUUGCAAAACUUGAGUUCCUAUGGCCAGAAUUUGAGUACAAGCACCUUCAUUUGGGAAACUACAUUUGCCAUACUUAUAGCUAUCCUGGGUCUAGUUUUGUUUGCCCACUUAAUUGGAAACAUGCAGACAUAUCUGCAAUCUAUCACUGUAAGGCUUGAAGAGUGGAGGCUGAAGCGACGUGAUACUGAAGAAUGGAUGAGACACCGUCAACUGCCACAAAAUCUAAGAGAACGUGUUCGAAGAUUUGUUCAAUACAAGUGGCUUGCAACUCGAGGAGUUGAUGAAGAAGCUAUCUUGCGGGGCCUUCCCUUAGACUUGCGUAGAGAUAUCCAACGCCACCUUUGCUUGGAUCUUGUUCGACGUGUCCCUUUUUUCUCACAAAUGGAUGAUCAAUUGCUUGAUGCAAUAUGUGAGAGAUUGGUUUCAUGUUUGAAUAUUCAAGGCACUUACAUUGUCCGAGAAGGAGAUCCUGUCACAGAGAUGCUUUUCAUCAUAAGAGGAAGACUUGAAAGCUCAACUACAAAUGGAGGCAGAACAGGUUUCUUUAACUCAAUUACAUUAAGACCAAGUGAUUUCUGUGGAGAAGAGCUUCUAGCAUGGGCUUUGCUUCCAAAAUCUACUUCCAAUUUGCCCUCUUCAACUAGAACAGUGAAAGCCCUCGUUGAAGUGGAAGCCUUUGCACUAAGAGCUGAGGAUCUUAAGUUUGUUGCCAAUCAGUUUCGACGUCUUCACAGCAAAAAGUUGCAACACACCUUUCGUUUCUACUCUCACCAUUGGAGGACUUGGGCAGCCUGCUUCAUUCAAGCUGCUUGGAGAAGGUACAAGAAGAAGAAACUAGCGGCAAGCCUUAGUUUAAAGGAAUAUCAGUCAUUUACUUAUGAUGAACAGAUUAAUAAUGUAAUGAGACAUGAAGAGGAGAAACUUAGUGCUAUGAAUUCGAGUGCAAAUUCAUUAGGUGUCACUAUACUUGCCUCAAGAUUUGCUGCAAACGCAAGAAGAGGAGCUCAGAGGAUUAAGGAUCUUGAGAUGCCUAAGUUUCAAAAGCCUCAAGAUCCAGACUUCUCAGUGGAAGCAGAGGAUGAUUAGUUCACAAUGGCUAAUACAAGCUUUAAAAAAGGAUCAAAGAUAAAGUGUCUUUCGCAAUAAGAGAGGUCUGUACCUAAAAUAUAUGUGUUGAAUUUGCCUCUAAGCUUGUACUUCAACUUCUGGCAAGUACAUGCUCGACCCUUUUUACAAAAUCCGGCUUCUUCUUGUAGAUAAGAAUCAC